GUUCGAGAACUGAUCUGUGUUCCGGAGAAAGCCGUUGAGGCUCAGGCAUAGUAGCAGAUCUCAGAGCGCUGAUACCAGAUCCGCAGUUAGAAGGAAGACACUGCGAACAGACGAGGGGAAAUCAUCACACGUCCCAGGGCGAGGGGUGAUGAAAAAUGAAUUGGAUAUAAUUUUAAACAGUGACAUUAAUUUUGCCAGGUGUUAUGCAGAUACAUUUAAAUUAUUUGGUUUUCUCCUUAAGUAACCGAUAACUGAUAGUCAUCAUAUGCCCAUACCGUAAUCUGGAUAGAGAAACGUUAACCUGAACAUUUCAACCUAUGGGCAACGUCUGUUCUCUAGCCAGCUAUCCCUAGCUAACUUAUCAUUAGAAGACUUUCUAGUUCAGACUGCUCGCCUGGGAUGGAGUGAUCCACGACUGCAAGACUGUCUGUUUAGCACCAAGGGGGUUGUAGAGCUCACUUCGAUGAUAAAAGAACAUUCUCGGGAUAAAACGAUUGUCAAAAACAAGGCUGGUGCUGGUGUUGCUGUCGCUGAGAAACUGCUUUUCACUGCGUGAGCCGCAUGAGUGAUGCGGGUCUCUGAGCAGCACUGAGGGCGUUGAGGCAGAGUGGGAAACAUGGAGUCUUCUACUGAGUCCCAGGGGGAACCCGAGAAAGCUCUGCAUCAUGCAGAGAUCAAAGAACCCCCUGGCAGCUCAGCUGCCUUAAUGCCUGGUGAUGAUGCGGUCCUUUUGACCCCGGGGAGGAUGAGUCAGCGCCAGGGGAAGGAGGCGGGGCUUCACACGCCCAAUCGAGACCUGCUCACAAGCCCCUCCCUCAGUCCUGGGGUCAGCUACAGCCACGGGUUCGACCGGGGGAAGGACGACGUGUUGACUCUGAAAGAGGACAGUCAAUCCAUAUCCAAGAGCAAGUCUGAAUCGAAACUCUACAAUGGGUCGGACAAAGACGUCUCAGCCUCCGGGAACAAGCUCACUAAGAAAGAGUCUCUCAAGGUUCAGAAGAAGAACUACCGGGAGGAGAAGAAGCGCGCCACCAAGGAGCUCCUCAGCACCAUCACCGACCCCUCCGUCAUCGUCAUGGCCGACUGGCUCAAGAUCCGCGGCACCCUGAAGAGCUGGACCAAGCUGUGGUGUGUGCUGAAGCCCGGGGUGCUGCUCAUCUACAAGACGCACAAGAACGGCCAGUGGGUGGGCACCGUGCUGCUCAACGCCUGCGAGCUCAUCGAGCGGCCCUCCAAGAAGGACGGCUUCUGCUUCAAGCUCUUCCACCCCCUGGAGCAGUCCAUCUGGGCCGUCAAGGGACCCAAAGGCGAGGCGGUGGGCUCCAUCACUCAGCCGCUGCCCAGCAGUCACCUCAUAUUCCGUGCUGCCUCAGAGUCUGAUGGCCGGUGUUGGAUGGAUGCUCUGGAGCUGGCUCUGAAGUGUUCCAGUCUUCUGAAGCGCACCAUGAUCCGAGAGGGCAAAGAGGAGAUGGGCCCAGCGGCGGAGCACUCACACAUCAACUUCUACAGCCUGCUGCGCGCGCACAACAUGCAGGGCUUCCAGUUCAACGACAGCGACCAGCUCAAGGACCUGGACCUGUACUCGGACAAGUCGGACCGGGAGAACGAGCAGGACCACGAGGAGUCGGACAACGAGGCGCUGGAGAAGAGCGAGGAGAGCGACAGCGACACGUCGGAGCGCCAGGACGACUCGUACGUGGACACGGACCCCAACGAGGCGCUGCGCGAGACGCCCUACCUGGAGCAGAGCCACGAGGAGCUGGGGGAGGCGGGCGAGGCGUCUCAGACAGAGACGGUGUCAGAGGAGAACAAGUCCAUGAUCUGGAUGCUGCUGAAGCAGGUGCGUCCAGGGAUGGACCUGUCCAAGGUGGUGCUGCCCACCUUCAUCCUGGAGCCACGCUCCUUCCUGGACAAGCUGUCCGACUACUACUACCACGCAGACUUCCUCUCACAGGCAGCGGUGGAGGAGAACGCCUACAACAGGAUGAAGAAGGUGGUGAAGUGGUACAUCUCCGGCUUCUACAAAAAACCAAAGGGACUGAAGAAGCCGUAUAACCCCAUCAUUGGGGAGACCUUUCGCUGUAUGUGGAUCCAUCCCGACACCAACAGCAAAACCUUCUACAUCGCCGAACAGGUAUCCCAUCAUCCUCCAGUGUCGGCCCUCUAUGUGAGCAACAGGAAGGAUGGCUUCUGUCUCAGUGGCAGCAUCCUGGCCAAGUCAAAAUUCUAUGGGAACUCCCUCUCUGCUAUUCUGGAUGGAGAGGCAAGACUCACGUUCCUCAACAGAGGCGAAGACUACGUUAUGAACAUGCCCUACGCCCACUGUAAAGGCAUCCUGUACGGCACGAUGACUCUGGAGUUGGGCGGACAGAUCACCAUCGCCUGUGAAAAGACUGGCUACAGUGCCCAGCUGGAGUUCAAACUCAAGCCAUUCCUGGGCAGCAGCGACAGCGUCAACCAGAUCUGUGGGAAGAUCAAGCUGGGGAAGGAGGUGCUGGCUACGCUGGAGGGGCAUUGGGAUAGCGAGAUCUUCAUCAACGAUAAGAAGACGGGGGAGAUGGAGACCUUCUGGAACCCCACCCAGGAGCUGCGGCAGAACCGGCUGACGCGCUGCACCGUCACCGCCGAGGAGCAGAACGAGUUCGAGUCCGAGAGGUUAUGGCAGCACGUGACGCGCGCCAUCAACAACAAGGACCAGACGGAGGCCACCAACGAGAAGUUCAUCCUGGAAGAGGCACAGAGGAAAUCGGCGCGCGAGCGCAAGGCCAAGUGCGAGGAGUGGAAUCCCAGUCUGUUCGAGCAGGACUCCAUCACCGGAGAGUGGCACUACCGCUACGCAGAUACACGGCCGUGGGACCCGCUGAACGAUCUGAUUCAGUUUGAGAAUGACGGCUGUAUCCAGACUAAAGUGCGCCACCGCACCCCUAUGGUACGUUCUGGCAGUGUUAUUAGUCUCAGUAACCAGGGGUCGCGGAGGGACAAUUGCAAGUGCCAGAAGGUGACAGGACCCAAGCGAAAGCUCAAGCAAGCUGAUAAGUCCAAGAGUCCAGAGAGUGGCUGCUCCUCCCCUGAGCCUGAUAGACAGGACUCUUCUGGCAGUGAGAGGCACAAAGGCAAGCACAAGCUAAGGAAAAAAGGAACAGACCUCAGUGAACUUCAAAGUGCCAUUGAAUCCAUCAAACAGACGCAGGAGGACAUCAACAGGAGUGUGACCGCCCUGCGUAGUCGGGCAGCGUCGAGCCACGGGGCGUCGGAGGGGGGCUUCCUCCAUCAGCGAGACUACCUUAUCAUCUUCUUCCUCAUCCUGCUUCAAGUCUUCAUCAACUUCCUCUUCAAGUAACGGCGGCAGUGGACGUUCCGAUCUCUCCCUCCCUCACACGCGCACACACACACACACACACACACACACACACACACACACACAGAAACACACAAUGCUGGACAUACUCAUAGAGCUGUGGUCACACAGGCGUCUGUCCUUGAUCCCACACUCAUUCACACAUGCUCAUAUAAGACAGUCUGCUACCAGGAGCAAUGACCUAAGGAAAGAGAGAGAGAGAGAGAGAGAGGUGAAAAACGAAUAGUGUCUUACCUGGAAUACUUCUGCCCCUCUCUAUCUUUUUUAUUUCAUCCUCCCUCCCUCCCUCCCUCUCUCCCUCCCUCUCUCUCGAUCUGUCUUUCUCUAUCUCUCUCCUGGCCAAUGUGGACUCCGCAAUCUUUAUAUUCCUCACACCUCCUGACUGUGGUUUUGAGGCCAGAGAAGGAAACAUUAUUAUUAUUAUUUAUUGUUUUUUUGUUGUUGUUUUUUUUUUAAAUAAAUUAAUUAAUUAAUGAACCAAUCAUCAUCAACAUGGGAACACUCCACGCCUUUUCCAAAAGUGGCCCCAGUAGAUGACAACCUUGGCAUCUGCAACAUCUUUAACCAAUCAGAUCCCACCAGGAAAUGAAAUGAACACUGUGGGAAGUUGGAUAUCUUUUUUAUUAUUAUUAUUAUGAUGAUUAUUCCUUGUCCAAGGCAUGUCUAGGACAUCUUUGUUAUGGUUCUGAUCAUGGUAUCCGGUACGUUUAACAAGAACAUCUGUUAAACACCUGGAUACUUUUAUCGUUUGCUUCUUGGUUCUGUUGUUGGUUCUGUCAUGUUUUUAACACAUUGCUGAUUUUUAAAAAAAGAAACAUUUGAAAAAAUGUGAUUUGUUUCCAUGUGUAGCUUAGAGACGCUGAGACACAGGGGAGUUGAUUUGCAGUGGUCCAACUUAUUUGAUGUUCAAACUGCUUUAAAAAAAAAAAAAAAAGAAGACCUUUAUAACUGAAAGUGUAAAUGGGAAUUAAACAGCAAAAAAAAAAAAAGAAUCGAUUUUCUCUGAAUAUCGUUGUAAUACUUCUGCAUUUCUUAUUUUCUCGUUCUGACUUAACUCUGAAAGGGGGGAAGUGCUAUCUUUGCUGUAUGAUAAGCAUGUACAGAAUGGAACCCUUUGCAUUACACACUUGCCCAUGCCGUUUUAAACCUUUAGUCCUCCUAGACAAUAGACAGGGGAAAGAAAAAGAAGUGACUUUAAUUUUGUAGUUGGUGUUAUUCUCUGAGAAUAUCUGAGAAGAUUGACUAGAUGUAAAGUGGAGAGCCAAAUACAGUCUGUAGAGUCUAGAAUAAUAAGUCCUGUUGACUUCCUGUAAAUAAUUUACUUGACUGGAUUUUUGGUUUUGUAGCAGUUGUGUCUUGUUUUUAAUGUUAUUGUUUUGUUUUGUUCUGUUUUCGUUUCAGAGCUCUGUCAGUCUCUGUCCUUCAUUAUUCACGUGUCUUUGCUCAGUGGGCCUCUGUGUGUGCGUGUGCGUGCGUGUGUGUGUGCGUGUGCGUGUGCGCGUGUGCGUGUGUGUGUGUGUGUGUGUGUGUGUGUACAUAUGUGAGUGUGUGCACGUAGUCGCCUAUUUGUUUGCUUACUCUAUGUCAAAACGAAGCCAGACGAUUUGAAUGUGGUCAUAAUCACUUUAACGACAAAUAACAGACAACAGUAAACAACUGUGCCUU